ACCUUGCAUUGCUAUUCCAAUUACGAAGAGUUUUGAGGAUGGGUGUCAAAAAACUAUAUACUCUGAUACAAGAAUAAGAGCAAGAGGAAGUAGAUAAAUAAGAACAAUACGAUCGUUACCCUCUCCAUGGUUAGUCCCCCCCCCACUAAAGAAACGUAGCAAUUCUCGCUCUUGAGGCAAGAAGUGGAACUAUAAUCCCAAGCUUCAUCCUUCAUUCAACAUGGAUUCCUUGGCUGCUGCUGAAAUGACUGCAACAAUUGUUGAUGGUGCACAGGAAACUACUGCUAGACCUAACAAUGAUGAUUUUAUCAAUGCAGAUCGAAUUGAAGAAAUGUGCAAGAAAUCAUUUGAACCAGAGCAACAACAGUUAAACCUGUUGGUUAAACAACUUACGGCAUUGUGUGCCAAAAAACUGUCAGGUGCGAGCACAUCUGUUCAGAAUCAAAAGCCACCCAGCAGUACACAUGUCGAAAAAAAUUAUGCUCUAUAUUGUCAAAGAUGUGGAUCAUUAAAAGUCACUAAGAUACCAGGUGGCAGUGUUACAUAUGUUGUUGCCUCUGAAAAGUAUAUUAGUUCAGAAGUAAAUGAGGAAUUGGCAGAUAGACUUUUCCUCUCUUCUUUGCUACCUCAUGUCAGAAAUAUUCCUGAUUGCCAUAAACUUGAUUGGCAAAUUAAAUGCAUGAGGCUUUUUAAGAGGUAUCUACGACGACGGAAUAACAUAUGAUAACAUGAAUGAUCCGUUCUUUGUAUUAUAAUUGUAUAUAGUCUGUAAUAUAAUUGAACAUACAUCUUGUAAAUAAAUUUAAUAAUUAAUUAUAUUUGCUAAUAAGGUCUUUUCAUAGUAUCCCCCAACAUCAUUCAGUAUCAUGAACAUAAUGCAAAUGCAAUUGAAGUGUAAGUUAAUUCACUAAGAUACAUAGCUAUUUUUGCGAAUGAGGAACCCUUAAAUUUAUGACAUUCUGUACAUAUUUAACACACUUGAUUUAAUAAUGAAAGUAUUGUUCAAGGAAUAAUACCGAACUUAAUUUGUAGCUCAUUCUUUUUUUUUUUUAUGAAAAUGAUUCCUCUUUUCAUACUGUCUUAUUAAUUUCUCAGGUAUACUUCUUUCUCCCAGAUCUACAAAAUGUGGCUAAAAUUGAUAAUAUAAUAAGUGGAAAUGAUAGUACAUCAGUAUUCAAUUUCCUAUAUUUUUUUUGGGUGGGGGGUGAGAGGGGGAAAUCAUUUUGUAUCUCCUAAUAAUAUGAUAAUUUCAUCGCAGCUAUAUACACUUCUUGAAGUAGUUAAGUUUUCAUUCAGAAACCUUGCCAAAAACUCUGGCAACCUUUGCAAAUUCUGUUAUUGUUAAAAUAAAAAAAAUAUUGUAAUGAUAGUGUAAAAGAGAGAAUCACUUUAUUUUCAUAAAAUAUAAAGGAUUGCUGCCCAAUUAUAUUGGGUUGCUAUACACACAGCAUACUCUUCUAUCCUUAGGACAAUAUAUGAACUUAAAUAUAAAUAUACGGAAGUCUUACUUAAUAUUAGUAAAAUAUAUAUAUAUAUAUAUAUAUAUAUAUACAUUUUUAUUUUUAUUUUUUCCCCUUUUCCUUCUUUUCAUUAUUUAUGCUUUUUUUUUUCUUUCCUUUAACAUUUAGUUUCCCUUCUCUCUCUUUAUCUCUAUUGUUUUCAAUUAUUCAUUAAAUAAAUACAUAAAUUAAAACUCUCGGGCUAGCCAUGCACGUGGUGGUGAAUGAUUCCCAGGGAGUCGAGGACUAUAUUUUCAGCCAACCUCGCUACAUCCUUAAUGUCGACACCUAGUUCCUUGAGGAAGCUCCUUGUUCUUUUUGGGAUAGUUCCGCAAGACCCAAACCAUAGGCCUCUCAAAUAAUAAAUAACAAAAAUAUUCCAAUUUCUAGUCUGAAGAUGGGAUAAGAAUGUGAUCCUGAAAAUUCAUAAAAAUAAAGAAGAAUUGGGAGAGUAAAUGCUGUUAUUAAAACUUGUCAAAUACAUUUUUGUAAGCGAUUUGGCUGAAAGGGUACAUACAGAUGCCCAUUGAUCAUUGAAAAUAAUUCAUAAUUCUGUGUUACUACUUGAAUAUCAUAUGAGUGCUGCAUAUCCAUCUUCUUAGCUUCAUUAAAUUUUCAUGAAUAACAAUUUUUGUGUGCCAUUUGGGACACUGGCAGAGUGCACAGGCUGAUCUAUGUGGUGGGGGAGGAGGGCUUUCUUGCUGAAGUCCCUCCAAAUGGUAAAAUAUAACCAGGUCUCAUGAAAUAAAUAUUUAAUAAUUACCUCUAAAAGUAUUAUUCAUGUAAUUUCAUUUAAUAGUACUUGAAGAAUCUUUUAAAUGUACAUUUCAUAUAGAUAGUUAGUUUCUUUCUUUUCUUCAUAAUUAACUAUCCUUAUAUAUUUAAAAAAAAAAAUCUCCAGCUGAAGCCACUCCCCCCCAAAAAAAACUAAAUUCUAGAUCCGCUAAUGGCAGAGUGUAAAUGAAAUAUGAUAAGGAUAACAGGUUCCAUAGAGUAAAUAUUGAUAAUUUUAAAAUAAUUGGAAGAAGAUGGUAAUAUUAAGAUUAGCUGUCUAUAAACAAUUUUCAUACUUGGGCACUCAUUCCGCGCUAAAAAAAAUUUGCAGCACCCUUGGAUUAAAAAUUGGGUAACUUUGUUCACGCCCAUACAUAAUACAGCCUACCCUUUGGUUAAAACUAGUGGUAGGGUGUUUAGUAGGUAUCUGUUUAAUUUAAACAGUUUCUGUUCUUAAACAGAUACAAGGAUUACCUUCCAUUAGGCAGGGACAGGUUCUUAUGAUCAGCGCUGAAUUCAUAGAUGAACUCAACCGUGAGUUUAGGAACCAAGCAAUCUCACAGUACAGGAUUAGUAGGUGGAGACAGCUAUACCGACGGUAAAAUAGGGAAGCACUGAAUAUGUUUAAUUAAACAGCUUUCCGAAACAGAUACAGAAACCUUUUUCAUUAAACAGCUUACAACAGGUACGUAGACAGUUUUCUGAAACAGAUACAGAAACAGCUCUCUUAAACAGAUACAAUCCUUGGUAACCGAUACAGCUCUCCUGUUCCUUCCUAGUUUUUUUUAUGAUAGGUUAAGGAAAAAAAAAUAGUUUCAAGUUUGUGCCCC